UUGACAGCCAUACACAAACCACCCCACCUGAGCUCGGCCCAAGUCAUUCGCAAUGUGCAAGAGCACUUCAAUGCCUCCGAGCUGUUCAGACCUUGGCUAGAGCGCGAGCAAGCGAAACGAGAUACUGAGUCACCGAACCAGAAGAGUAAGCGACGAUCAUGGAAGCAAAGGCAGCCCAUGCAGGUUAAGAUGGGCCACGGCGGCACCCUCGACCCUAUGGCGACCGGUGUACUUGUGCUAGGUGUCGGCAGUGGGACGAAACAGCUCAGCCAAUUCCUUCAUUGCACUAAAAGCUACGAUGCCGUUGUCCUCUUCGGCGCAGCCACAGACAGCUACGACAGCGAAGGUAAAGUUGUCGCGCAAGCGCCGUAUAAGCACGUGACGCGCAGCACGGUGGAGGAGGCCUUGAACAAGUUCAGAGGCUCGAUCAUGCAACGACCACCUAUUUUCAGUGCGCUCAGAGUUCAGGGCAAGCGGCUGUACGAGUAUGCGCGGGAAGGUAAGGAAGUACCAAUCGAAAUUCAGGAGAGACCAGUGCAGGUCGAGCAGCUCGAGCUCGUGGAGUGGUUUGAUUGCGGCAAGCAUCAGUGGAACUGGCCGUCAGAGCAGGCGGAGGAAGAAGUAAGAGGGUUUGCGGAGAAGGUGUUUCACUUCGGCGAGGCUCCUGAGUCUGCGGCACCGGUGAAGGAGAAGACGACCUUUCUCAAACGAAGGCGCGAAGACGACGUACAAGGCGAGCCGACGCUUGAGGAAUCUGUCAAUGGUGUUGUGACCCACCCCACGACGACUGAAGCUCCACUGAAGCGCUCUAAGACGUCGCCAGAACCGGUCGCUUCUGGUGCUCCACCGGACGGGAAAGAUCCAUAUGACGAGAGCACGUAUGACGAGGCGUCAGUGCCAACGACAGAUGAGCCGGUCCAGAGCGUCGAGAACCAGCCUUGUCCCGCACCAGCUGUACGCAUUCGGAUGACAGUAACCUCUGGCUUCUACGUUCGAAGUCUUGCACAUGACCUUGGUGCCGCUGUCGGCUCACUAGCAAUCAUGACACACCUAAGUCGCACACGGCAAGGCGGCUUUGCUCUCGAAACGAAUGUACUAGAGUACAGUGAUCUUGCCAAAGGCGAAGACGUCUGGGGUCCGAAGGUCAAGGCGAUGCUCGACGAGUGGCAGGUUAGUGAG